AUUUUCUCCAACGGAAGUUGUGGAGCAGGAGCAAUACCAAUGAACGGCACGACCGGGGGCAAAUCAUCUGUGGUAACGAGCACCUUUCUGCAAAAGAACAUGAUGUUCACGAUGGGGGCCCGCGGAGAAGGCACUUCUUCUUGCGAAGAUGUAGUUGACCCAAUCAACAUGGUUGGAACACUCAACCAGGCCGCCGUUGUCACGACUGACAUUCUCAGCACGUCAACGCCCGGAGGCUGUACGACCAGUUCGGACACCGAUGAGCAGCGCCUUGUUUCCUCUUCCGGGGGAGAGCGACAGCAGCAAAAGCAAAAGGGUAGUGCUUCUGGUGGUGCGUUGGUCUUCUGGAAGGAGAGGGAGCAAGCUGCCCGGGACGCGCGAAGAAAAAGACAGGAGGAGAUUAUCGCUGCAGUAACGAGCGACUCGGACGCGGCUGCUCAACAACUUCGUGGUCCUGCAGUUCUUUCGGUGCACCGCGGUGCUGCUGCUUCUGCGUCCUUGCAGCUCCGGGAAGCUCCUGGUGCUGUCCGAGUGUCAUAUGUAGGUCUUGGGGGUGAAGAAAAG